AUGACAUCUGCUCAUGACCCCAGUCACAUCGCAGGUUGCGUACUCGACACCUUCAGCGCAUUGCCACAGAAGUUCAAACCUCGCGUUCUCAAAGAUGGUCGCCGUGAAUGGGUGCCGCUCGCCGGCAUUGUGCUCAGCACAGGUAAAGUCGACAGGCACUCGUGGACAGGCCAUGCACCUGGCACUUCCACUCGCCCGCUAACGUGCGCCGCGCUCGCAACUGGCAUGAAAUGUCUUCCGCAGUCCAAAGUUCCACUGGCUAACGGCAACGUCCUGCACGACUGGCACGCCGAGGUCCUUGCUAUCAGAGCUUUUAACGCUUGGCUGGUCGACGAGUGUGCAGAUUUGGCAAGGAAAGGCAUGGGCAGCGAGGGAGCUUGGCUACGGUGGCGGGCAAGAGCAGGAGACACGAGCAGGUAUGAAGGAGGUGGGCCGCCGUUCGCGUUGAAAGAGGACGUGAGAAUACACAUGUACUGCUCGGAAGCGCCUUGCGGGGAUGCUAGUAUGGAACUUACCAUGGCAGAGCAGGACGAUGCGACGCCAUGGAAAGAGCAGCCUGCGAUCGCUCCCGAUACUGGUGAGAUGGAGAUGCUGGGCAGAGGCAACUUUGACAGGCUUGGAAUAGUGAGGAGGAAGCCCGCCAGGCCAGACGCACCCAUAUCCUUGAGCAAGAGCUGCACGGAUAAGAUCGCUAUGAGGCAGUGCACAAGUCUCCUCUCCGCUUUGACAAGUCUGUUAGUACACCCAAAUAAUGUCUACUUGUCAACGCUGGUAUUGCCAGAAAGCCAAUGCGUACCCCGAGCAGUGGAACGUGCAUUUGGCGCCAAUGGCAGGAUGGCACCUCUGGCCGAGCACCAAUGGGCCGAUGGCUACGCCUUCAAGCCCUUCACGGUACUCAGCACGACUCGAGAGUUUGCGUACUCCCGGAGAGGCACUACAGUCCCGCCAACGUCGAGCAACCUCGCCUGCCUCUAUACGCCUCGCAAGCAGGAAGUCCUCAUCAAUGGUGCUCUUCAGGGUCGGAAGCAGUCAGAUCCGAGAGGUGCGAGCUGCGCGAGCCGACGAUUGAUGUGGAAGAGUGUGCUGGAUGUGGCAGUGUCGGCAGGCUUGCCUGUUCUGCACAGUCUGCUGAAGAAGAAAAGCUACACAGAAGUCAAGAAGAGCGAUAUGCUACAGCAGAGGGAGCAAGUUAAGAGGCAAGCGAGAGACAACGCAUUGAAGGGAUGGAAGCUUAACACCGGCGAUGAGGCAUGGGAGUUGCAGGACUUCUGA